UCAACAAACACCAUGGCUGGAACCGCGCCCUUACCCGAGAAAUUCGAUGAUCUCCCCGACAAACGCCGAUAUUGGCCCGCGGUCCCGGGUUCAGAAGAAGAAGGCCUAGGUAUGCUGCGCCUUCUCACGCCGGAUGUGGUCGCAGAAGCUGCGCGGACGCAGAUUCAAACUGGCGAGCGCGUUUGUGUGAAUUGGGAUAUCGAGAAUUUAAGCCCUCCAGGAUUUGGUCGUAAGCCAUUCGAACAUCGCAUCAAGUGGGUCGCUGAAGGGGUCGCGUUCGACGACGAAUAUCACUUCAAUCCUCAGCAGUCCUCGCAGUGGGAUGGCUUCCGCCAUCACAAUGCACCCGCGCCGACUCCAGAAAAUCCUGAGCGGCGUGUCUUCCAUGGCGGCACUACUGCCGAGGAAAUCAAAGACACCGACUCGCCCCGCAUUGGAAUUGGGUACUGGGCUAAGAAGGGCAUUGCGGGCCGUGGCGUUCUCAUUGACUACGUCUCGUACGCCGAGAAAAAAGGUAUCCCUGUGAACGCGCUCACGCGGCAGAUGAUCUCGCUGGACGAGGUUCAGGAGAUUGCGCGCGAGUGCAAUAUUUCCUUCCAAAAAGGCGAUAUCUUCUUCCUCCGUGUCGGCCUGCCAGCAACGUGGGCGGCAAUGUCUUCCGAGGAACGAAAGUCGUAUAGUGAGCAGCCAAUGCCGCAACACGCUGGUAUCGAGCAGAGUGAACGCGUCCUGCGGUUCAUGUGGGACAACCACUUUGCGGCCGUAGCAUCAGACGCAGUGAGCUUUGAGGUGUUCCCAGCGUUGAAUCCGGAGUUUGAUCUACAUCAUUAUUUGCUGGCGGGCUGGGGAGUUCCGAUUGGUGAAAUGUUUGAUCUGGACGAGUUGGCGGCGACUUGCAAGAGGCUGGGCCGAUGGAGCUUUUUUAUCUCGAGCAGCCCGCUGAAUUGCGCGCGUGGUGUGUCAAGUCCACCGAAUUGUAUGGCGAUUUUCUAG